AUGUUCUUCAGCUGCCGCGCCAAACAGCCCACGCCUCCGCCGCCCCGGCCGCACUGCGUCUACUCUGGCUGCAUUCAUAAGGUCUUGAAAUGCGAGGCACCGGCCAAAGCUAAGCGCAUUCUCUCCAUCUUUUGCAAAGAUCAUGCCUGCCGGUCACGUACUGGUGAGAAGAUGUGUACAAACCCCAAACAGCCUGGUUUAUCCAAGUACUGCGAAGAUCGUACGUUGCAUUGCCUUGACCCAAUCAUCUCUUCGGCUGUCUGGCUGUACCGUCCAGCGCAUCUUCGCCGACGCAAACCAGGACUGGCCAUAUUGCCAAAGCCCUUCCACACGCCUAUUUGCCUUAUUCCCGCCUGCGGUCACCCGCGCGUCGGCGACGGCCUCUACUGCCCGAGUCACAGCUGCACCGACAAGGACUGUAACAGCGUAAUCGCCGGCGGCAACUGGUGCAGAGAUCACCGGCUCUGCAAGACCGCGGGGUGUGACUCGCUGAGAGUCGUCUCGCCCGGUGGAACACACGAGGAAGUUUGCUGGUUCCCCUGCGGAGCCGUCGUCAGCGGCGGCGUCCACUUCUGCCCCCAGCACGAGUGUACAUAUCCGCCAUGUCGAGAGCGCAAAGACAACGCAACAGAUGCAUCAAGACUCUACUGUGCCAGUCACACCUGCCACGCCCAAACCUGCCCCCAACCAGCAGCAGACCUCGCGAACCCCUCGAAACCGCCACACCAACCGAGCUUCUGCGUAGCGCACAAGUGUGCAGCAAGCCCAGAGUGUCCUCACCCUUCCAAACCGUCUAGCCGCCGCUGCGCACUCCACGCCUGCCUGCACCCGUCCUGCCCAGCUCCGCGCGCCGACGAUCCGCUCCUCGUCUCCGCGAGCCAGUUCUGUAUGAGCCACGAAUGCCGGGCUGCCGGAUGUCAUGGUGCCGCGAGACCAAAUGGGAGUUUUUGCGACGCGGUCCACGCCUGCGUCGUUCCCGGGUGCCCUUCCCCGCGCGGAGUUGGAACCGGUGGGCAACUCGGAGCCGGUGGCCCCGGAUCGGUAUGCUGCGCCUUACACACGGCCAUGAUUGCCCGCGACACCGCGGGCUGGAGCACGGCUACCGAGCGCAAGGGCAUGCCCACGCCGCCUUCCUCUCCGCUACCGCAGAGACAGAAGCAGAAAUUCCCGUAUCUCAGUCAGACGGAGGAGGCGCUGGGAAUGCGGUUCAGGGAGGAGAGGAAUAGGCAUGAUCAGGAAGCUAGACUUGCGGAGGAGACGAGGGCUUGGCACGCUGUUACCACGGCUUCUGCUGCUCGUGGCGGAAAUGGUGAUAUCGAGGUUGUUGGGGGUGUGCCAUUGCCAGGAGGGCUCGAGACGAGGGGCAAGAGGCACAAGGCCAGGAGAAGGGGGAGUUAUGAUAGUGGGGUCGCGCCUAGUCCGACUGUGAGUGAGGGAACUUCACCGAGUGACUUUACGUUUGUGAGUUGA